CUUCACAUAGGAAAAACGAACAUAUGGCACCAAUAUGAUACCCAUUAGCCCAAUGAUAGUCAUUGAUGCCGCCGCCACGAAGUCCAUCGCCACCAUCGUGAAGUCCACCGCCGUGAACGGUCAUCCGCGAAAAUGCCAUCAAUAUGGCAACGACUAGCAGUGAACGGUCAUCCACGAACGGCGAGCUUGGAGUGGCGAAGGCUGGAUCUGCACCGGCUGAGGCCGAAUCUACAGCGGCGGAGGACGGAUUUGCCGUGACAGCGGUCGGAUCUACAGGACUGGCUGCCGGCGAGUCGGCGAUGGCCAAAUCUACGUCGGAGGUGGCCAGAUCUGUACUGGCGGUGGUCAGAUCUGUAGAGGUUGUUUCCAGAUCUACUACGACAAUUAGUUUUGAGGCGGUGGCGGUGGCUGGUGGCUGCCGGCGGCGACAGGAGACCAGCGGGGGGGCAGCGACCGACGAGAGGCGUUCUGGUCCCAGCAGUAUCAAUUCCAAGCAUCAAGGGCGUUUUUGUCCAAUUACAGAUUAUUAGUCCUGUUUAGGAAAGUUUUAGACUUUAGUCCUAUUUUGGCAAUUAAAAGUUGAUUUACUCCUAUUUAAGUAAAU